CAGAGCACUGCAGAGAUGGCAGCAGAACCAGAGUUUGAUUUGAGCUACAUCACAGAGAGGAUCAUUGCUGUAUCCUUCCACUCGACUUGUCCAGAGCAGACCUACCUGCGAAAUCUGCAGAACAUCACUCAGAUGUUGCAGUCCAAACAUGCAGACAAUUACCUGGUGGUCAACAUCUCGGAGCCCCGGGAAGAGCUCAGGCGAAUGAGCACCAGGGUCCUGGAUGUCGGCUGGCCUGAGCUCCGUGCCCCAUCCCUUCACUUACUGUGCUCGCUGUGUAAAAGCAUGGAAAACUGGCUGGACACCUGCAGCGAGCACGUACUGCUGCUUCACUGCAGGGGUAACAAAGACCGGAUAGGGGUGGUCAUAUCAUCCUACAUUCAACUUCCUAGUGUCUCUACCAGCGAAGAACAAGCACUAGACCGCUACACGAUGAAGAGAUUCUACAGCGAUAAGAUGGCUUCUCUCAUGACCCCGUCCCAGAAAAGGUAUGUGCAGAUGUUUGGCAGACUUCUGGCCCAUCAACUAAAGAUAAACUCCUCUCCUCUCCUUUUCCAUUGCGUCUGUCUACACCACGUCCCAAACCUCCAUCCCACAGUGUGCAGACUCUUUAUAAGGGUAUACCAAGGGAUGCAGCCAGUGUGCACAACAGGAGUACAUCAGGUCUCUGUAGGGAAGACGCACAAAGUUUAUUUUGCCCUGGAGCCUCCGCAGCUUCUCAAGGGUGAUGUCAUGAUCGUAUGCUAUUAUAAGAAUGCUGCAGAGGGGAGCCGAGAGCCCGUCUUUCGCCUGCAGUUUCACACAGGCACUCUCCAUGGACACCCUUCCUUGUUCUAUAAAAAGGACCUUGAUCAUGCAAACAAAGAUCCCAGGUUUCCUGAGAACGGCAUGGUGGAGGUAGUGUUUUCAGAAACCAUGACGAAUAUUCCAGUUUUUCCUAAAGGUGGUACCGGCUGGAAGAACAACUCCGCUGUUGUCAUUGACUACGACACCCUGGAUCCUCUAGUCUACUGGGACUCUUAUGAGAACCUUACAACAGGAGAUCAGCCAAGCGCCGUCUCUGUGAGCAGCGACUCCGACCUCUCGAGUAACUUGCAGUGGACCAGAGGACUAGACGCCAGCCACAGCCUCAAGGAGCUUCCUCACACCCAGAGACCCGUCGCUGGGCACAACAUGGAGGACGAGCAGCCACCGCUGGGACUCGUGAGAGCCGAAUCUCUGGUUGCUGGUGAUGGCGACACCCGUUGUUCAGAGGCCACUUUUCAUUUCAAUGGCAAAACGGCGAGCCCAGAGCGGGAAACCGAUAUUCUAGAUGAUGAAGAUGGCCACGUCCCUAGAGACACAGCUGCUCCAGGGCCAGGCUCGAAAGAAACAGAUCAGGAAGUUCUUGCUUUGUCAUCACUGGCUUGUAAGGAGAGCUGUCCGUGUUCUGUGAUCCAAGCAGAGCGCAUAGGAGAAAGGGAAAGCGCAGUCUUCGGCAGAGGAAACCACGGAAUGAACUCUACGCGGUUUCUCAUGCACAGCUCAGUGGUGAGUGGGAUUCAGACAGACAUGUGGGUGAAGCAGCAACAGCUGGUCUCUGCCAGUUCGCAUAGGUGCACCCCGUCGGACGGGCUAGACCAGAGGGUGGAGGCGGAGCUUGAAAGUGGGAGGAGCAACUCCACAUUACCUGCCAGUUGCUCUCCAGAUGCCAAGUUGGAGGCAGAGAAAGAUGACGAGUUUGCCUCCCUAGCCCUGGAUAUUGACCAAUCAAUUGAGCAGCUGAACCAACUGAUCCUAGACCUGGAUCCUGAAUUUGAACCAGUGCCCACACGGGCAAGGAAUCACAUGACCCGUUCGGCCUCUCUACACACCAAUGGAAUUGGACACUCAGCUGGCCAAGCUAAAUUCAUGCAUUCAGGCUGGAGGCAAAGGCAGAUCAGUGACGUCACGAACCAGUCUGCACUCAGGCGUCCUGCUGCUGAUCUGUUGCAGCCGUUACCUAAAUGUACUGUGUGUACAGCACCCAAGUGUGGGAGUCUGUAUAGAAGUGACUCCAUAGACUAUGGGGAAUUUGCUUCUGAGACUGUCAGACCUUUGUGUGUGGACCUCCAACCUCCACCAACACCUACAUUUCCAGUGUCCCCUCCUACACCUUACGUGAAGAGCGUGUAUGACUUUUCCCUUGUGAACCACAGUCCUGCAUCCUGUGUGCUUCCUGCACACUCAAGGCCAGAGCAUGAUUCCCGGGGGUAUGUGGACAGUAUGACGCAUGCUCCAGUGUCAUCAGACGGAGAUCUCUUCCACUCAGAAGUCACAUCAAGUCCCGCCUCCUGUCAGACAUCGUUUGGGUCCAUGCGUUCCAUGCACACACCCAGCCCCCUCCCAGCCUCUGACGGCACCACUGCAGCUCACCGCUGGCUGGAGAGUGGCUCCAAUGCGCCCCUGAGCCACUACACACCUCAGCCUUCCCCUCCGCUCUCCCUGUCUGCUCCCAAUGCGCACAGCUCCCCACGGGGCCUCCCCCGUGGACUCUCCUCCUCCGUGGGUGUUGGGAGCCUGGAGCGUAGCCUGUUGGAGGCUAUGGAGGGCCUGGAGUCUCUGGGCUUGGAUGGCACCCAGCCACCACUUCUACCCCAGAAGAGGAGAGAGCUGGAUGGGGAAGAACACUUCCCGAACUCCCCACUUCGCGUGAGUGGAGCUGGCAGGAACAGUGGGUCACCCAGAGGAUCAACACCAAGCCCAGAUCAGCCAUUGUCCAAUAAGCCCGACAAUGCGAAGUUUGUCCAAGACACAUCAAAGUUCUGGUAUAAACCAGACAUCUCCAGGGAACAAGCUAUUGCGGUACUGAAGGAUAAAGAGCCCGGCUCCUUCAUCGUCAGAGACAGCCACUCCUUCAGAGGAGCAUACGGAUUGGCCAUGAAGGUGGCCACGCCCCCGCCCUCCAUUAUACAGCAGAGCAAGAAAGCAGGGGAUCUGACCAGUGAGCUUGUGCGUCACUUCCUGAUUGAAUGCACACAGAAAGGAGUGAGACUGAAGGGUUGUCCCAAUGAACCCUACUUUGGGAGUCUGACAGCUCUUGUGUGCCAGCAUUCCAUCACAUCCCUGGCUUUGCCCUGCCGACUCAACAUCCCAAGCAGAGAUCCGUUGGAGGAGUUGAAUGAGUCUCAGGGACAGACUUCUACAAACUCAGCAGCCGAGCUACUGAAACAAGGAGCAGCGUGUAAUGUGUGGUUCCUGGGCAGUGUGGAACUGGAGUCUCUAACAGGGGUGCAGGCCGUUCAGAAAGCCACCACAGUGCUACUCGGCCAGGACCCUCCGGUCACCUCCACCAUCGUCCACUUCAAAGUGUCUGCACAGGGCAUUACGCUUACAGACAAUCAGAGGAAGUUGUUCUUCAGGAGGCACUAUGCUGUCAACACUGUUAUAUUUUGUGCACUGGACCCUCAAGCCAGAAAAUGGACAAGAGAUGGGUGCUUGGCUGCAAAGAUCUUUGGCUUCGUAGCGAGGAAGAGUGGAAGUGGCACAGAAAACAUGUGUCACCUGUUCGCAGAGCACGACCCUGAGCAGCCUGCCAGCGCUAUCGUCAACUUCGUCUCCAAGGUGAUGAUCGGUUCUCAAAAGGCCAAGUAGUGCCAACCCUCACCAUGCUCAACCAUCCUCGUACGCCCCACCGGCUGUCCAGCGCUCCUCUCCAAACCUGCACGCACGGCUAGAGCUUUUCUUGGAAGUCCGCCAGUUUUCCUCUGUGUAAAUUUCUUGAGUUUAUGGCUGGUUGUCACUGGUCUAAAUAAACAUUUUAUAUCCACAUAAAAGAAAGCCAAACUACUGAGGCGUGUGAAGACUGUUAAAAACUACAAAGACUGACAGUGUUGGCCUGCUCUCAUCCUUCAAUGGAACACAUUCUGUAGAGUUAAGUGAGCAUAGGCACCGGAUGCUGAUGUUGUGGUCUUGAGCUCACGGCCAGCGGCUGCAUGUCAUUACACGUCCCGGCCACCAGAGGGGGCCCAGCAUCUCUGCUUAAAAUAACUUUAACUGACCAACUCUGUCUAAUGCAUAAAGAGACUCAGCCGACCGUUAUGGUCCCCAGUAAUUCCUCAGUCUGAAGGCCUUGUUCAGCACGUCUCUGCUCCUCAGGGCCUCCCCACCACUCCACUGCUAACUUCAGUUACCUACAGCUGGGCUUCUAUUAGGCAAAGUUGUCUUAUUAAAACAGCGUGCUUUUAAUAAGUAGCAGUUAAUGAGAGAACACAGUGACUGAACUGUUAAAAAAUAAUGAAAGUCAGUGUGUUUUCAGAAAGGUAGAGCUACCUUUUUAAAUUGAAUAAUUUGGUUACACUCAAUUUAAAGUAGGUUAGCUAUCAGAAAGCAGAGAGAAAUGGAGUGUUUGUGUGUGUGCUAGAGGGGGAGAGAGCGAGAACACAAAGGGACCUUUUUGUUCAGAGCAAAUUGAAGUUGAUGUCACAUCCGAGUCACAUUUCUCCGUAGCUCCGAACAAAGUGCCUGAAGUCAUGCCUGUUUCAACGGGACAGUACCUCCGUAUUGUAGCAAACUGGAGUGCAGCUGCAGCUUUGCAUACUGAAUUGCAUAUUUACCAUUAACAUUGAAUUACAUUCUUGGACAGGUUUAACCAUUUGUUUUUACAAAUCAUGAGCAAUACCUUGCAGCAUAUGUUUGUUUAUUUUUUAGUUGUGUAUAUAUAUAUAAAGCUUAUACUUGGUGUAUGCUUAUUUUAUAUUUUAUUAUUUUAUAUUCAUCAGUGUUCUUAUUAAACAUAACAGCAGAAAUGUAAAGAAACUUGCCAGGGAGCAUUUAAAUUUGAUUACUAAAAUAACUUGUCCAUCUGUCAGUGUUCAAAAAAAUCCUCAAAGACCAUAACUAUCCAUAACAUGUCAGAUCAGACUUUGCAGUAUUUCCUCUAUGUCACAUAAGAAGAAAGUAAUGUGUAGAAUGAAAUUGCUCUGUGUAAUUGCCCGAAACAGCGCUUAACACAUAUAUUUAUUCUGUAAAUAAACUUUAGAGAAAACGUAAUGUAGAGUGGAUCCAGUUUUAUUUUGUGUGUAUAUUUGUAUAUGUAUAUGGUGUUUUUACACAUUACAUCUGGGAUUUACUAACAGAUUUGUUUGUGUGAUGGUGUCUUUUGUCCAUUUCUGACAAGGCUGUCAUUGGAUCCCUCUGUACAUUCCAUUUGACAUGUAUAUUACUGUUACUACAAGUUAAAACAAAUAAAUAUGAUACAAACAAAA